ACCUUCUCCAUAGUACGGGUUGGGAAUUCGCGUUCCGAAAGCGGUCAGGAUGACGAGCAGCGCCAGGUACAAGAGCCGAACGGUGAAAUCAGCAGAGGAUUUAGAGGAAAAAGAGUAUGUCGGCUUCGCCACCCUCCCAAACCAGGUUCACAGGAAGUCGGUCAAAAAGGGCUUUGAUUUUACACUCAUGGUGGCAGGGGAGUCUGGUCUUGGAAAGUCCACCCUCAUCAACAGCUUGUUCCUCACAGAUCUGUACAAGGACAGGAAGCUCCUGAACGCUGAAGAGCGUAUUAAUCAGACUGUGGAGAUCAUCAAACACACCGUUGACAUUGAGGAGAAGGGCGUUAAGCUGAAACUGACCAUUGUAGACACACCAGGUUUUGGAGACGCUGUCAAUAAUACGGAGAGCUGGAAGGCCAAUACUGACUAUAUUGACCAGCAGUUUGAACAGUAUUUUCGGGAUGAAAGUGGCUUAAACAGGAAGAACAUCCAGGAUAAUCGUGUUCACUGCUGCUUGUACUUCAUCCCUCCAUUUGGCCAUGGGCUCCGGCCCGUGGACGUGGAGUUUAUGAAGGCUCUGCAGGACAAGGUGAACGUGGUUCCACUCAUUUCCAAGGCUGACUGUCUGACACCAGCGGAGAUGAAGAAGAUGAAGGACAGGGUGAGAGAGGAGAUCGAGAAGUACGGAAUCAAAGUAUACCAGUUCCCAGACUGUGAUUCUGAUGAGGACGAGGAGCUCAAGCAACAGGACCGAGAGCUGAAGGAGAGCACUCCAUUUGCUGUGAUUGGAAGCAACACAAUAGUAGAGGUCAAAGGUCAGCGGGUGAGAGGGAGACUUUACCCAUGGGGCAUUGUGGAAGUGGACAAUCAGUCCCAUUGUGAUUUCGUCAAGCUGAGGACCAUGUUGAUUCGCUCACACAUGCACGACCUGAAAGACAUCACGUGUGACGUGCACUAUGAAAACUACAGGGCGCAGUGCAUACAGCAAAUGACAAGCAAACUGACCCAGGAUAAUCGUGUGGAGAGUCCCAUCCCAAUACUACCACUGUCCACCCCUGAUGUAGAGACAGAAAAGCUGAUAAAGAUGAAGGAUGAAGAGUUGCGGAGGAUGCAGGAGAUGCUUCAGAAAAUGCAACAGCAGAUGCAUGAACAGGACCUGUGAAUCUAUUCCCGCACAGAAACGGCUGAUUUAUAUUUCUGCUUGUCUGCAAGCAGACACACAACACUUUAACAUUACACUGAAGGAUAUGCAGUAGUGAAACAAACAAACAAACAAACACAAUAGACAGAUAUGAAUGCAUGUGUUGAGCACUGCGGUUAACAGGGUCAGUUCUGAGCCUGAAAUUUAAAACCAGGCUCCAAGUAGAAAUAUUUAGUUACACUAAAUGAUUUAGUGAUUCGUUCAUUUUCACACUUUGUACAGUCUGUGAUGCUGUAUGACUGUUUCCAUGGCAAAGACUGCUUUAUUCACAGUAGACAUGGCAAAUGUUCUGUCUUGUUCUUUAUUUUGUGACCUGUUUCUUUCCCAUUUGCGGUGUGUGUCGAUUUGCUUGUGGAAAACUAAACAUUUGAGUGAUUUUGUACUUUUGAAGCAGCUAUACCAACAAAGUCAUUACAUUUUGAACGAGGUUUACGCAGUUACGUAGUAUCAACACUUGCUGUUAAUAGCAAACCCUUUAACAGUAUUAUUAAACCUUAAUUAUUUGUCAUCGUCUCUGAAGGCCUAAUCCGAGCACGCUUCAGUUGCAAACUUUGCUGUAUGUUAAUGAGAAUUUUCUUAGAUCAAACAUGUUUGUUUUCUUUUAUCAACUGCACAUAAAAAAGUCAUUCUUUUUGACAACUUGUAUAAUUCCCGUUAUGAUAUGCCACUCCAGCUCUAAAAUACCAAACUAUUUGUAAUAUUUAAAAAAUAAAAAUGGAUAUCAGACCAUCUUUAUCAGUAAAAAGGCUCUGAGAUAUUUUAAUAUCACCUGUUGUUGGUUUUUAGAUGGAUGCUUUGAGAUAUUAAUUUUUGUAUGGCCUGUAUGUGUUUACUCAAGCUAUUCCUGAGCAUGAUGAAUGCACAUCUGUCAAAUAUCAUGUUUUCUUUGACAAAUAAACACAUCCUCUGUGGUAGA